AUGUCUUACAAAGACGCGGCGUAUAGCACAAAGUUGGGAAUAAUACCUCCUGACUAUCCAACUACAAUAUGGUCGACGGAAAGACUAACGGCCAUACAACAUGCUAUCCUGGAGGCUAUAAGGAAAAAUCAGACUGGUGCUGCAAAGCCCAAAUUUAAUAGCUGCACAUUUCGCCCAGGAUAUUUAGUUAUAUCAUGCGGCUGCGAUGAUACGGCUAAUUGGCUAAAGGAAGCAGUUCCUAAGCUGAAGCCGUGGAAAGAUGCACAGCUGAAGAUUGUGCACGAGGCGGAUAUACCGCGCCCACAAAUCUUCGUUGGUCACUUUCCAGAAUUGGACAGCACCUCAAAUGAGGAUAUUAUUAGCCUCCUUGACGGCCAAAACGAGGGCCUCAACACCAAUGACUGGCGGGUGCUCAACAGAGUGCGCAAGGGUACUGUGGUAGAAAUUACUAUUGCUAUCGACCCAAUCUCCGCGGAAGUCAUAAAAACAUCCAACAAUUGGCUGAACUACGGGUUCGGUAAAACCCAACUUCGGCCAAAAUCUGAAGGCCCGAUUGAUCCGCCUAAGGUUACCGAAAAGAACUCUGAACCCUCGCGAAACAGAGCUCUGAGGAAGCGGGAACUUUGA